CACACUGGUGGUGUUGUUGGUCGACGACAAGCAAGAACAAAAGGGGGAAAACCCUAGCUUUCAAGAAUUCUCAAGAUUUGGAAGGAAUUGAGAGCCCAAAUCGAUGCAAGAACCCGAAUUGUCAACCAUCUAAGUUCUAACAACAAUAGGCGUGAAGGAGGAAAGCUCUAACACUAGUAAAGCGGAAGGAGCACAAGAUCGAGAUGGCUGAUGCAAGAAAUAUUAACGAUGAUAAUGAUGAUAACAAUGAUGUGGCUAGACAAGAAGCAUUCGAGAACAGAGUUACAGAAGUAGCGGAAGGGGUUAUACAAGCCAAUCUUCCACGGUUGGCUCAAGAAGUAGAAAGCCGAGUUCUGGGGGUUGUGGAUGCUAUGAUGACGAGUAGGUUCGAAGAGUUGAAGGAAUUAAUCGAAGGAUCCAAGAGUAGAAGUAAGGAACGAAGGUGCACUUACAAGGAUUUUAUGGCUUGUCAUCCGACGACGUAUGACGGUAAAAUAGAUCCAAUUGAAUGUCAAAGGUGGAUCUCGAAUAUAGAGGCGGUCUUUAUACGAAGCCGGUGUGAUAAGGAGGAUCAAGUGAUGUUCGCUACCGGUUUACUAACCCAUCAAGCGAAGGAUUGGUGGGAUGCUCACAGCAAGGAGGUAGGCGAAGACAGACUGCAAGCUAUGACUUGGCAAGAGUUCAAGGGGCCUUUCAUGAGAUAUCAUUGUCCACAGUCGGCGAUCGACAAGAUUCAGGAGGAUUUCUUACGCCUCCGGCAGAAAAACGAAUCAGUGAAUGAAAUAGCAAACAAUUUUAUGGAUAAGAUGAAGUUCUGUGGGGAAUUGGUAACAACCGAGAGGAUGAAGAUAAGUCGUUUUUAUGGUGUGUUAAAGGCAGAAGUUAGAGAGUUCAUCACUCCCUCAAAAUGUGAAACUCUUGAAGAGCUCAUUGAUUUAGCGCGGGAUAGAGAGAUCGAAAUUAAAAGGCAAGAGGAGCGAGGUGAAAAGAGGCCGAGUGAAAAAGGUGCAAGUUUUAGUCCAUCCAAAAAGGGGAAGUUUCAGGAUCAAGGAAGAAAGGGUAAGUCGAAAGGUGGGAUUACGCCAUGCAAGACGUGUGGAAAGCUCCAUACCGGGGAGUGUUUGCUAGGUAAGAAGGGGUGCUUUAAAUGCGGUAAGGAGGGGCAUUCGUCCUAUCAAUGCCCGGAUAACCCAAAGACUUGUUUCAACUGUUUCGAAAAAGGGCAUAUCAAGUCGGAAUGCCCAAAGCUUCAACAAGGGUCAAAGAAAGAAGAUAAGAAGCAAGAGGGUUCUAGGGCAAAGGGGAGAAUGUAUCAGAUCACGUCUGAAGAAGCCAAGUCCCAACCAAAUGUGGUUUCAGGCGUGAAGGAGGAAAGCUCUAACACUAGUAAAGCGGAAGGAGCACAAGAUCGAGAUGGCUGAUGCAAGAAAUAUUAACGAUGAUAAUGAUGAUAACAAUGAUGUGGCUAGACAAGAAGCAUUCGAGAACAGAGUUACAGAAGUAGCGGAAGGGGUUAUACAAGCCAAUCUUCCACGGUUGGCUCAAGAAGUAGAAAGCCGAGUUCUGGGGGUUGUGGAUGCUAUGAUGACGAGUAGGUUCGAAGAGUUGAAGGAAUUAAUCGAAGGAUCCAAGAGUAGAAGUAAGGAACGAAGGUGCACUUACAAGGAUUUUAUGGCUUGUCAUCCGACGACGUAUGACGGUAAAAUAGAUCCAAUUGAAUGUCAAAGGUGGAUCUCGAAUAUAGAGGCGGUCUUUAUACGAAGCCGGUGUGAUAAGGAGGAUCAAGUGAUGUUCGCUACCGGUUUACUAACCCAUCAAGCGAAGGAUUGGUGGGAUGCUCACAGCAAGGAGGUAGGCGAAGACAGACUGCAAGCUAUGACUUGGCAAGAGUUCAAGGGGCCUUUCAUGAGAUAUCAUUGUCCACAGUCGGCGAUCGACAAGAUUCAGGAGGAUUUCUUACGCCUCCGGCAGAAAAACGAAUCAGUGAAUGAAAUAGCAAACAAUUUUAUGGAUAAGAUGAAGUUCUGUGGGGAAUUGGUAACAACCGAGAGGAUGAAGAUAAGUCGUUUUUAUGGUGUGUUAAAGGCAGAAGUUAGAGAGUUCAUCACUCCCUCAAAAUGUGAAACUCUUGAAGAGCUCAUUGAUUUAGCGCGGGAUAGAGAGAUCGAAAUUAAAAGGCAAGAGGAGCGAGGUGAAAAGAGGCCGAGUGAAAAAGGUGCAAGUUUUAGUCCAUCCAAAAAGGGGAAGUUUCAGGAUCAAGGAAGAAAGGGUAAGUCGAAAGGUGGGAUUACGCCAUGCAAGACGUGUGGAAAGCUCCAUACCGGGGAGUGUUUGCUAGGUAAGAAGGGGUGCUUUAAAUGCGGUAAGGAGGGGCAUUCGUCCUAUCAAUGCCCGGAUAACCCAAAGACUUGUUUCAACUGUUUCGAAAAAGGGCAUAUCAAGUCGGAAUGCCCAAAGCUUCAACAAGGGUCAAAGAAAGAAGAUAAGAAGCAAGAGGGUUCUAGGGCAAAGGGGAGAAUGUAUCAGAUCACGUCUGAAGAAGCCAAGUCCCAACCAAUGUGGUUUCAGGUAUAUUUCUAAUAAAUUCUGUACCGGUUUACGUUUUGUUUGACACCGGAGCUACCAUGUCGUUUAUCUCUAGUGAACUUGUUCAACGUCCACCCUUUAAGAUUGAACGAAUGUCGAUGCCCUUAGAAGUAGAGAUAGCAGAUAGCAAAAGUUUCUUAUUGCACGAAAUAUGUAAAAAUUGUAAAUUGACCAUUGAGGAUGAGGAGUUUGCUAUUGAUCUUAUCCCCAUGAUCUUGGGGGAAUUCAAAGUAAUAGUGGGUAUGGAUUGGAUGUCUCAAAACCACGCGGAGAUAAAUUGUGAAACCAAAACCAUACAUCUCCGAGCCCCAAGUGGAAGACGAUUAAAUGUACAAGGCGAAAGAAAGAUAGAAGCGAAGCUAUGUACUCUCGUUCAAGCCACUAAGUACGUGCUCAAUGGGAGUAGAGCAUACUUAGCUUACGUAGUAAAUACUCAACAAAGCUUCCCAAAGCUUGAAGAGGUUGAAGUGGUGAACGAAUUUCCGGAUGUAUUCCCGGAGGAAUUGCCGGGACUCCCUCCCGAGCGAGAAGUGGAGUUUAAAAUCG